GGGCACCGCAUGGCAAGCUCGUUAUGGCCACAGACUCACUGACCCAGGCGCCGUGUCGCAGCUCGCCCUGGCCACAGAACCACUGCCCGAGAAUGCGAGCGACAGCCACCACCUGACUCCACCGACGGCCGGCUCGUUUCGGCAUCUCGUCCUCGCGCCUGGCUGCGUUGGUGGCGGCAACGCCACUGAUCCUCGUACAGGCGCCGAUCGAUGCAUUGAUCGCCCGCGCCUCGUGACACAGCCCUGGAGGAAGUGCCGACGGCUGGCUGGCUGGCAGGCUGACUCGCCGGCCCGUUUUCUGGGAGUGUGCUGCGUGUACGUCCAGUGCUCGUCCCGACUCAACAACCCUCUCGGCCGUGGAGGCCCUUCACGCCUUUCAGCCUGGCAUCGUCUUCGAGUCCUUGGCAAGCUGCAGGGAAACUGAAAUGUAACCUCUGAUGUGCUUCUCCCGAACUCGAGCUGAAAAUUGGAAUCAUUUGACCUGACAUUCAGCCUUUCCCCCUGAUUUCCUGAAGCUAUUGGCAGCGAGACAAUAUCAAGAUCGUCACACGAUGGCUACGAAUUUCCUCACAACACUGGAGAUACAGAAAGACCCUGACGGAGGCCAUGUUUUUCAUAAACAAGACGGCCAGCGUUUCUCUAACACAGUUACCAUCAAGAUGAAUAUCUCCCAGACUUACAAAUUCACUGUCACGUUCAGGCCUGCCAUGAGACUGGAAUCAUGGAUGGUCAGGGGCGAGAAGAUGGACUUUUCUCGCGUCAAGCCAAAGAAGGAAGAGGAUGACGUGUCCAUCUACGAGGCCCAGUGGACGAGCAUCGGCAUCGAGAUCAACAAGCGCAACACACGCAAGGAAAUGCCUAUUGUUUUGGAGUUCGACAACGGCGUGACGAUGAAGACAAACAUACAGGUAAAGUUCUAUCCAGCAGAGGAAACAGAGCAUAGCAAAUGGGGACAAGAAAUGCACGCACUGGAACUGUCCUGCGCCAUACCUGACGGACACAUCUACGUGGACAUCAAGAAAGAAAAGAUUUAUUAAUAUACCUGUAUACUACCAAUACUCCCCUAGUCAAUCGAAACUUAAAUUCUUGCCAUCAUCUGUCCAUCAUUAUUUUUUCACUCAUCCUUCGCCUUGGUUGAUAGAAGGUAAUUUGGUCUGAUUGGUUAUCUCUCUGAUGUUUGUCACAGUUUGAUGUAAUGCUCAGCGCAAGCUCAUGCCCAUACUUCUUGUCCGUGUGUAAAGUUUCAUACUACUUUGUGGCAUCUAUAAUGCUGAUGUUCACCUUUAAAAAAAAUUCUCACUAAAAAAUAAUCUUUCUGGAAUAUAUAAAAAAUUGAUUGUAUCAGAAAGCGUUAAACAGAUUACAGAUAUAUAAUGAUGAUGAUAUAUUGAUAAUUUUUGUGGAACUCCAUCUGGGACUCGUUUGAUACGCAGAUUUUGAUGACUCUUAGUGCAGUGCUUUCAUUUUACUUUUGAAAUUAUUGUGUAGUUUUUAAACGGACAGUUGUUGAUCUUGAAUUAUUGCCUUUCUGCAUUUACGUAAAUUUUGUUUAGUAAAUCGAUUUUUUUAAAUCGAGAACCAAGGCUGCAGCGAUCAGAAUGAUUUUUCAUCUGUAUACUCACUUUAUUAGCUAGAUGUAGCUCAUAAGUCAGCGCCGUGUUUGUUUACUCAGAGAUAUUGGAACGUUGUGCGUCUCAUUUCUAGAAGAAACAGCGUAAAUAUCCUUCGAAUCGCCCGAAAUCGAAAUGUUUGUCUGAACUGGAAGCGUUUCUAUAUUGUAGUGAUAUUUCCCUGUGUUUAUACUUAAAAUUUCUUCUUAGAUAGCUUUCUCACUUUUGUAAUCGUUUUGUAGUGAAGGUAAUAUGAAGGUAGUUGAUUUUUUUAGCUUUUGGGCGACUGCGGUUUGUAAGUACAGUAGGUGGGAAAAAAAGUAAGCAGAGAAAGUAGUAAAAUUUAUUUUAGUUCAUUAACAGAUGCGUGACACCAACAUCGUUAGUUCAUGUGCCGGCUGGCACCUGUGACAGUCAAGUCUGAGGUUAGGUACAGCUCAAAGUCAAUAGAAACGCAAUGUACAGCGAGCUUUUCUGGAACUGUUUACAUCAGAGCAGCUGUCGUAGACAACUGUCCUAAGUGCAGAGGAUGGUGUCCAAAUCGUUUUUUAGAUGUUGAUGAAUAACCACUUACCAGCGAGCGCAUUCUAAGUGAUCUGGCUUUUUUGUUGUUUUUUUUUUAAUCUGCGUGUCAUGUGACAAGUGAUAAAUAUUGCCGUUUGCCUUGAGCAGCUAAUGGCAUACUAACUGCUGCCCAUGCAGCAACCAACCCAAAGAUGCAAAUCGGCAUGGGAAAAUGUAAAGGAAAAAGUAUGUAUGACUGCUAUUUCGUGUAUUUUACAGAGUGGUUAACAGAGACAAUACUGUUUCAUUAUUGCAAGGUCAAACGUAGAAUUUAUAUAGUCAUAGGGACAAAAAAAGAUGUUUAGAAAAAAAAAAAUGAAUGCGUAUAAGUUGCAUUGAUAAAGGCGCAUUUGUAGGUUGGAAACUUACGUACGUACAAUCUAUCAAACUCUUCCCAUUGUAAUUUCUUUGCUCAUAUUCUUUCUCAAGUAUCAGUCAUUACAGAUACAAGAUAUGUACGUGAGUGCGUCCAUGUGAGGGUGUGUGUAUGUGUGUACAUGUUUGUUUUGCAUGUGUGCACAAUUUGUGUGUGUAUGUGUAUGUGUGUCGCAUGUAUUUGUGAGCGGAGCGACGACGCGCGUUGUAAGGUCAUACCGAGCUGCACCAUGAGUUCUUUGAGUGUGAGUGGUUUGACAUAUUUCUUGAUUGUUCCGGAUGAACGAAGAGCGUAAAGUGUAAAGAUAUCCCCGUAACAUUAACGUCAAUAUUACGUUAUGCAACUAAACUGGUUUACUGUUUUAAUACGCAAUGUGUAUUUUGUUUUAAUCAGUAUUAUUUUACUACUUAUUCGAUUGAUCAUAUAACACAGAAAUUCGUAGUUUUACAUUACUUGCAUCAUAUUUGCAAUGUGUUAAUUGUGCAAUAAAUCAGUUACUCUUUUAAUGCUUGGAGAUGAUGAAAUCGUUUCAUAUUUUUCUGGUCUUUUACUUUGAUUAAGCAGCAUAAUUAUACAGUGCCUUUUGUAAAAUGUGUUUUUGUUGAAAGGUCUCAUUAACAUUAGUUAUACUAAAUUGUGUGAAAUCAUGGAUACACUUAAAUUGUACUCCUAAGUAGCACGUUAUAUCUUCUUCAAUUUACUGUCGGUGUUCCAUAUUAAACUCGUAUUAGUAUGGUCAGAUCAACAAAAAUUCAUGAGUUUUAAUAGUUUAUACAGUUAAUUGUGAAAAUACAAGGUCUCCAUAGCUGUCUUUUAAA